GAAGCUUAGAAGAGUGAGAACAUUCAAAGUAAGAGUUUCAUUCUUAUAAGUGAAAAUAAUUUCAGAUUGUAAACACAUAACAUAAAGUUGGGAUACAGGAAUACUGGAACACCUGGGGUGUAUCCAAAAAAUAAAGCAUCUUCCUUCUCUAUGUUCAAAGAUUUUGCAAUCUGUUAUUUUUGUCUAUGGGCAUUUCUAUUUGUGUUUUGUCUUUGUGAGGAAAUUUGAAUUUGAAGGUUAUGUUUGUUUAAUCACUAUUACUAGUGUAUUUAUGUACAAAAUAAUGUUUUUACUGUCUUUACUAGUAUAAGUAUAUUCAAUAUUCAACUGCCAAUACAACAAUUAAUAUAAAAUCAUUUCUAUUCACAGCAAUUAUACUAUUUGAUAUUUUUCAACUUUAGGAUGUUCUUGACCAAUGUACUCCUUGCCAAAAAAGCAAAAGCCAAGCACAUUUUGGUAUUGAUGGAAAGUAUGGUGAGUGGGCAUCAAUUCAUGACCGCCAGAGAGCGCCUGGGGGAAAAACUUGAGCUACUUCAUUACGAUCCUUACAUCAACACUACUUCUGUUUACAAGGAGAGGAAAAAAAUUAAAAGUUUAUCUCCAAAAUUCGUAAUGGAUCCAAAAAUCCAAAAAAUGUUGGGACUAGACAUCGACGAAGAGAUAAAAAAAGUUCAAACGUGAAUUCUGAUGUAAUUUUAAUUAGUACUGUAUUAAUCUUAUCUAAUUAUACAUAUUUUAUAGAAUAAAUUAUUAUUGUUUGAA